UGAGGUCUCGAUCAAUCAGACUCGACUGGCUCCAUUUUCUCCUCAACUUUCUACAUCCUACAAUCAGUUUCUCCAUCUUCAAGUUGGCCAGUUCAUCCCACAAUCUGAAUUCUGAACGCAGCCUCUCCACACGGGACCGAUUCCACGUUCUCAUCACUCGUUUACUCGCAACUGCUGGGCAAGACUGCCACGAUGCCGGUGUUAGCUUGACACACACACACACACCAACCGCAGGCCAAAAAGUGAUCUGUAUUCUGAUCACACUCAGACAUGAUGCUUGAAGCCAAUUGCGUGUGCGUGUUGCCUCUCCUCUUCUUCUGGGGCCUCCACCUCGCAGCCGUCGCUGUCUCCGGCGAGUUCGUCUACUCCGGCUUCGCAGGCGCGACGGACCUCGCCCUCCACGGUGCCGCCAUGGUAACGCCAGGCGGCGUCCUCCAGCUGACAGACGGAGCGGCGGUGAGCAAAGGCGACGCGUUCCACCCGACGCCGCUGCACCUCCGCGGCGGGGGGAAGGAGGACGGGGCGGCGGCGGUCCGGUCAUUCUCGGCGUCGUUCGUGUUCGGCAUCGUGCCGGUCACCCCGGGCAUGGGCGGCCACGGCCUGGCGCUCGUCGUCGCCCCGUCCAGGGACCUCUCCACCGGGACGGCCAGCAGCUACCUGGGCUUCCUCAACAGCACUAGCAACGGCAGCGCGCGCAACCACAUGGUCGCCGUGGAGCUGGACACCAUCCAGAGCCCCGAGUUCCAGGACAUCGACGACAACCACGUCGGCGUCGACGUCAACAGCCUCGUCUCCGUGAACUCAUCCAGCGCCGGCUUCUACGACGACCGGACCGGCGAGUUCAGGAACCUCAUCCUCGUCAGCGGCGAGGCCAUGCAGGCGUGGGUGGACUACGACGGCGGCGCCACGCGGAUCGACGUCACGCUGGCUCCGGUCGGAGCGGAGAAGCCGAGCAAGCCGCUUGUCUCGGCCAGCGCCGACCUCUCGACGGUGAUCACCGACGUGGCUUACGUCGGCUUCUCGGCAUCGACCGGCAAGCUGCGCACGCGCCACUACGUGCUCGGCUGCAGCUUCGCGGUGGAUGAGCCAGCUCCGGCCAUCGACAUGGCCAGUCUGCCCAAGCUACCUCGUCACGCGAGCCCCAAAUCCAAGUCCAAGGCGGCCUUAUUAGCGAUAGCUCUCCCGGUAGUCGCCGGCGUGGUUACCCUCGCCACGGUCGCCGGCUGCGUUCUUCUCAUCGUCCGGCGACGGUACAGGUACGUCGAGCUGCGCGAGGACUGGGAGAUCGAGUUCGGGGCGCACCGGCUCUCGUACAUGGAACUGUCUCGUGCCACCGGCGGGUUCAAGAACAAGAACCUGCUGGGCAGCGGAGGGUUCGGGGCGGUGUUCAAGGGCGUGCUCCCCACCUCCGGCACGGAGGUCGCGGUGAAGAGGGUGACGCACGGGUCUCGGCAGGGGAUGAAGGAGUUCGUCGCCGAGGUGGCCACCGUCGGCCGCCUCCGGCACCGCAACCUCGUGCAGCUGCUCGGCUACUGCCGGCUCGAAGACGAGCUCCUCUUGGCCUACGAUUACAUGCCCAACGGCAGCGUCGAGAGCCAUCUCUACGGCGGCAAGCCUGCGCUGAGCUGGGCCCAGAGGUUUCAGAUCAUCAGGGGCGUCGCGUCCGGCUUGCUCUACCUCCACGAGGAGUGGGAGCAGGUCGUGGUCCACCGGGACGUGAAGGCCAGCAACAUCCUCCUCGACGGUGAGAUGAACGCCCGGCUCGGCGACUUCGGGCUCGCGAGGCUGCACGACCGCGACGCCGAGCUGCGCACCACGGUCGUCGCCGGCACCUUCGGGUACAUCGCGCCGGAGCUGGCGCUGACCGGCAGGGCGUCCCCUCUCACCGACGUCUUCGCCUUCGGCGCGUUCCUUCUCGAGGUCGCCACCGGGAGAAGGCCUGUGGAGGACGGCGGCAACAGCAGCAGGCUCGUGCUGGUGGACUGGGUGUUCGAGCACUGGCGCAACGGGUCGCUCGUCGAGGCGGUGGAUCCCAGGAUCCAGGGAGACUGCGACGUGGGUGAGCUGAGCUUGGCGUUGAGGGUGGGGUUGCUGUGCUCGCACCCGCUGGCCAGCGUGAGGCCAGGCAUGAGGCAGGUCAUGCAGUACCUCGCCGGGGACGCGCCGCUGCCGGAGUUGGCGACGACGCAUCACAUGGGCAUGAGCAUGCUGGCGUUGCUGCAGAACCAAGGGUUCGACGCGUUUGUCAUGGCCAGCUCCUCUUCGUGGUCGUCGUCGGUGUCGGUGAGGAGCUUUGACACUAGCCUCUCAAGAGGGAGAUGAUGACAAAGGGCAGCCUAUAUUCAUAUCCUCGUAACCUCGUUCCAGAUUUUCAUAGAAUUUGUGCUUGGUCAACAGACUAAAAGACAUAUAUAUGGAUGUGCAGAAACUAAUUCAGAGUACAAGUCACUUGAUUUGCUUGUGUGUUUUUAAUUA